GUUAAUUUUAAUUUUAGUUAAUGAUCUGAUUUAUCAAAUAAAUAUCAACAUCAACUCUGUUUUCAGAUUCAAUAAUGUUUUAAAGGAAGUUAACAAACAAAUAUGCUUGGGCUUAGGAUUAAGAAUGAAGUUGCAGAUGAGUCAGCAGGAUGUAUUUAUCUGUUUAUCUCUGCACCAGAUGAUAGACUACACAGUUCUGUUGUAUCAGCCUGAUGCGUGUGUCUCUGUUGUGUAAGUUGGUUGCUGCCGCAACUGUUGUACUGGUCAUCUCGCAGAUUGCUCUCGAGGUUUUCUUGAACGAUGAAGAAUCCUGGCUGUUCCCAUCAUUGGAGUUAAACACAUCCGAAGAUAUUAUACAGUUGUAUGAAGAAGUAGCAGUUCCAGUAGUUGUUUGGUGGGCCCCUCUCGGAGGUAUACAACAUUCCGGAAGAUGGAGCCAAUGUGGCCAAUUGUCCUGCUUCUUCACCAAUGUUCCACGGUUUCGUAACCACCCUAAUUUAAAGGGAUUUUUAUUCUACGGCACCAGUAUCAACUGGACUGACCUACCGCUGCCCAGAGCCGGACCGUCAGUGUUCUGGGCUCUUCUGCAUGAGGAGUCUCCUCGUAACAACAUCCCGCUCAGUCAUGCUUCCGUCAUAUCGUUGUUCAACUACACGUCAACGUUCAGCCGCUACAGUGACGUGCCCACCACCACUCAGUUUCUCAGUAGCAUCAAGUCUCUCACAGAUAUGAAACACUUUGAGACAGUGGAAGCCAAGAAUGGUUACCAGAAGAACCAGUCGUGGCAGCUCGCCCCUGUAGUGUAUAUACAGACGGACUGUUCAACACCUCUAGAUAGAGAUUCUUAUGUGGCCGAGCUCUCCAAGUACAUCCGAGUUGACUCAUACGGCCGAUGUCUGCACAAUAGGAACCUUCCUCCGCAUUUACAGUCCCCGUUUACCCUAAGAACUAUGAUGUCAGAUGACUUACUAGAUAUAGUCGGCAAGUACAAGUUUGCAGUGGCAUUUGAGAACGGAGUGUGCGAUGACUAUAUCACGGAGAAGCUUUGGCGACCUCUCAUAUCAGGAGCUGUCCCCAUCUACAUCGGCUCACCUACUGUAUCAGAUUGGCUGCCAAACAACCGUUCAGCGAUCUUAGCUCUGGACUUUGAAUCUCCAAAACACUUGGCGGAAUACUUGGUUUACCUGAACAGCCAUGAUGAUGAGUACAACAGCUACCUCAGUCACAAACUCCAGGCCUCGUUGACUAACUCUCGACUGAUCCAGGAUCUAAACCAGCGCCAAGACGAUUCUUACGAGGAUAAUUUUUUGAACAAGUUUGAAUGUUUCAUCUGCAAAAAAGCCCACGAGAAGAAUCCAGAAAUAUCAAUUGCGUCUAAUAAACAUUACUCUUGUGAAAUGCCAAAGUCGAUCGUAACUCGACAACCAAACGUUACCAAUUAUUGGCUGGAUUGGUGGUUUCUAGGCAGGUGUGAGGCUAAAACUGUCCGUAAGUUUAUUGAUUUGGGAGUCGCUAAUUAUACAAUUGAAGAGUAUAAUAAUGCUGUGAGAGAAAUGACUUUUCAAAAUAAGUGUAAAUAUUCUGAAGAGAAUGCAAAAGAGUUGCAUCUCGAGCAAGCAGAAUCUCAAGGUUGAGAUGUGAUUAAAUUUUCCAAUAUAACAGCCAAUAUUUUCCAGUUAGUGUUUUCAAGCUUUAUUUUUUUACCAUAGCUAAAAUCAAAAAAGGCUACAUAUCAUUUUUAUAAAGUUUAUCAGCGAUUAUUACCAUGACAAGAAAUUUGUGCCUUGUACACUUUUUAAAUAUUUUAAACAGAACUGUUGUAAAAAAAAACACACAUAAUGUGUCUUGAUUUCUUUUUCUUUAUAAUAAUUGAUUAUUGCCCAACAUUUUUGGAGACUUUAAUUACAUUGUAUACGCGAUAUGUAACUGUGAUAUUUUGCAAGUUGUUUACUAAGAAAGCCAAUGCUGUGAUUUGUAUUUUUCUCCCAAUAGAUCUGUAGUAAUCAUACCAAAGUUCUUGU